GAACAAUUAAUCGACACAGUUCAAAUCCAUAUUUGGUAUUUAGAGCAUAUCAACCCAACACACCAAACAACUUUAAAAUGGCUUUCAAAUUCAUCGCUUUCUUCGCGGCUUGCCUUGCUGUUGCCAGCGCUGGUGUCAUCCCCGCAGCUGCUCCUUUGGCUGCCGUCGCCCAAGUUGAGGAAUACGAUCCCCAUCCCCAAUACUCUUACGGCUAUGAUGUUAAGGAUGCCAUCUCUGGUGACUCCAAGACCGCUGUUGAAACUCGUGAUGGUGGUUUCGUUCAAGGUCAAUACUCUUUGAAUGAUGCUGAUGGUUACAGACGUAUUGUUGACUACACUUCCGACCCCAUUAACGGUUUCAAUGCUGUUGUCCGUCGUGAACCUUUGGUAGCCGCUGUCGCUGCUCCCGUCGUCAAAGCCGCUCCUGUUGUAGCCGCCCCCGCUGCCGUUCCCUUCACCUAUGCUGCUGCUCCCGUCGUCAAAGCCGCCGCUCCCUUGGUUGCUGGUCCAGCUGUAGUGAAAACUACUUUCGCAUCUCCCCUUAUCUCUUACGCUUACUAGAUAAAUGCUUUCGGAAUGAUUGCGACUGUUAGUUUAAUAAAGAUGUGAUGAAUAUUUUAUUUUAUUAGAAA